GAGACAUUCAGCAAGCCUCAGUCCAUGGAGUGAGUCUAACCUGAGAAUUUCUGUAGAUUACAUUUUCCAGUUCCCAAGAGAUUUAUUGGUUUAUCUUCUUCACACACACACACACACACACACACACACACACACACACACACACACACACCAACUCCUCCCAGUCCCCAACAAACUUUAAGAAGAAGAAGGACAAAAGAGAAGAGGAGGAAGAGGAGUGGAGAAGCCUCUAGUCCUGCCCUGUAGAAGAUCUCAGCUUUACAUCCUUAGAGAAACAUCCAGCAAGGUUCACACGUAAUUUGAAAGAUGGUGAAUGAAUACAAGAGAAUUGUUCUUCUGACAGGAUUAAUGGGUAUUAAUGACCAUGAUUUUAGAAUGGUUAAGUCCUUGUUGAGCAAAGAAUUAAAACUAAAUAAAAUGCAAGAUGAAUACGACAGAGUUAAGAUUGCUGAUUUGAUGGAAGACAAGUUCCCAAAAGAUGCUGGAGUGGUCCAACUGAUAAAACUAUAUAAGCAGAUUCCAGGACUUGGAGACAUUGCUAAUAAACUCAAAAAUGAGAAGGCAAAAGCUAAAAGGAAAGGGAAAGGGAAACGGAAAACCGCAGCAAAAAGACAAAGGCAAGAAGAACCCAGUACUUCCCAACCUAUGUCCACCACAAAUGAAGAUGCAGAACCAGAAUCAGGGAGGAGUACACCUGACACACAGGUUGCUCAGUUAUCUUUACCAACUGCUUCCCGAAGGAACCAAGCCAUUCAAAUUUCUCCAACAAUAGCAUCCAGCAGUGGUCAGACCAGCAGCAGAUCUUCAGAAACAUUACAAAGCAUCAUUCAGUCCCCCGAAACUCCAACAAGAUCAUCCAGCAGGAUUCUGGACCCUCCAGUGUCUCCAGGAACAGCAUAUAGCAGUGCCCAGGCACUUGGAGUUCUUCUAGCAACACCAGCCAAGGUCAUCAAAGCUAGGAACUGAGAAACAACCACUCAGUUCUGCUUCCUUUAUGAAACUGCAUUAAUUCUUGUUUUGUGGACUUGGACAUCACUGAUGUUUAUACAGAUAAGAUCCUGUUCCAACUAUAGAAAAAUGUCAUUCAACUGAUAAAAGCAAGCUCUUUGCUUUGGAAAUGGUCCUUAUUCUUUCCACAGUUUUAGCAUUUUAUUACAUAUUUUGAUUUUAUAAUGUUUAUACUUUGAAUGAAAAAAAACUUCAGGUACUUCACAAGUUUCUUGCAUUUGUCGGUUGCUUUAAAACUGGGUCUGCAGACCAAGGUGCAAUAAACAUGUUUCAUGAAAUAUUUUCA